GAAGAAGAAGAAGAAGAAGAAGAAGAAGAAGAAGAAGAAGGAGAAGAAGAGGACGAAGACGAAGAAGAGGAUGAGGAGGAGAAUGAUGAUAGCAAUGAUGAAGAUGAAUGUAAUGUUAGUGGCGCCUUCAAGGAGAUAGAAAUAAAGGGAAAGCACAUACAUUCUGAAAUAGGCAUGUAUUCACAUAACCUCCACAUGCAGCACAAUCACCCUAAUCAUCAACACCAAAAUCCUGAUCACCACCAUUACCAGCAGCCUGAACAGAUUAAUCCUGCAGUUAUUCAAUAUCACAUUCCUUUGGAUCAAGUGAGCCAGUCUCUACACGACCGGAAUCAAGAAUUCUGUUUGCCGACGCUUCGGAAUGGGUCUAGUCUAUCCUUAGUGGAGUCCACCUCAGGGCACCUGACCAGGUUGAGAAUACCCCAGACACAGAAGGAUAUGGUUUCCGGACAGAUGACAUCAAUUGAUGAACAUAAUGACUGGAGGAGUGGGAUGAUCGAGGAGAUAAGGCAGUCUAAUGUGCCCUGUCAUGAGAGCAUGGCCAAUACAAAUGAAUCGGGCCAUUUGAGUGGCUCUUUCGCAUCCAUUUUAUCAGUAGGACAUAGUAACCGGGAGCUGAGCACGAAAGGCAAAGUGACAGACAACGAGGCGCAAGAGGAUCAGGGAGACGAAGAUGAAGAUGAAGAUGAAUAUGAGGAUGAGGACAAAAGUGAAGAGGAAGAUGAUGAGGAGAGUGCCGAUUUAAGUGAAGAUGAUGACAUGAAUGCUUCAUACCAGACCUUUGAACGACUGGGUGUAAAGACUAAACACGGCAAAGCAAAUAAUGCAAUUGGAGACAGGCUCGGCCUCAGCCCUUACCGAUCCUCUAUCGGUGCAAUCAAACUGGAUGACUUCAGUCAUCCAACCACACAUGCUGAGCGUCACGGAGCUAGAUCCAGAGCCACCAAACGCCCUUGUACCAGGGUUCAGAGACGCUCUUCGGCGUUUGUGGGGAUCAGUGAACAGGCUAGUCAAGUAGAGGGCAAGCGGCGGCGAUGGGUCAGAAGCCUAGAGCUGAAUAACACCAGCAGGGAUCAAAUCAGUCAAGGUGAGAGUCUAAAUUUAUACACCUCAAGAGAUAUUCUCUAA